AUGGCUUUGCGGUGUACUGUCCAUUUCACCACAAGUGGUGGCGCUUCUACGUGUCUUCCCUUGCAACUCCAGCAGCUGAGUCCAAGUCUCUGGGCUAAAAAACUAGGACCAACUAAUACCUUUAGAUUCAGUGGAUGUAUUGCCACUAUUCUCUGUAAGGGAACUAAAAAUGAUGGCUGGAUUCCCAUCAACAAGAACUUGUGGUCCAUAUCAUUUGUGCUUGCUCUGUCCAGUAUGGCAUUCCUUCUUCUCAUCUUUUGUUACUGGACAAUUGAUGUUGUCCACUGGUGGUCAGGUGCUCCAUUCUUUUAUGCAGGAAUGAACUCAAUUUUCCUGUACAUUGGUCAUGAAGUUUUUUCCGGCUACUUCCCAUUUUCUUGGAAACCCUUUGUUGGGAAUCACGCUGAGUACCUUGCAAUGAGUCUGAUUGGAGCAUCAAUCUGGGUGUUAAUUGCAUUCUACCUCUUUAAGGUUAACUUCUUCCUGAAGAUCUAGGCCUAAAUCUGUAAAUUGUUUUUUAUAAAUAAAAUAUACCACCUAUUAUUUGUCACUGGCGCUUAAAGAUUAAAAGUUAGUGGUUAAAGAGAUAAGUUUUAAGGAGGGUCAUUGAAUGCAUCAGUACCGGAAGUUGAUUGAAGUUUAGGUGAAAGGGAGUUCCAUAAUUUCGGACUGACAAAAAAAAAUAAUGUUGGCCAGUAUGGUCAUUUAGCAUUCUAGGAACAGAUAACCUGAUUAAGUUUGACUGUCUUCUAGAGUGUACUGUUGUGAGAUGGAUGAAUGAAUGAUAAAUUUAAUAUAAAAAUACUAGCAUUAUAAAAUAUAAAAAGGAAAAUGAGAGUAGAACUAUUUUUAAUAUUAAAGCAUUUUAGAGUGGUUACGACUGAGACGUGGAUCAGGGGGAACUGAUCCUACUCCUGUCGGGCAAACAUGGACCCUCUUCGCCCAAAGCUGUGAUGAGGUUGUCAAACUAAAAAUGUUAAUUUACCAAUCAAAAGCUAUUGUGAUUGCCAAUUCCUAAAAAUAUUGUGGUUUAUAAGCACAAAUAUGGGCAAUCCUAAACCAUAAAAAUCUAUUUAUAAUAAUCGUAACUCUCACUUUUAAAUGUACUGUAUACAUAGUUUUGUUGAUAAUACAGUAUAUUUAAUUUUUUUUAUUUUU